AUGCCUCCUACCACCAAACAAGACGUCACCAAGACCUUCACCUUCCUAAAUUACGACAAUCCAGAUCACAGCGCCUCGCAUCGAAGACUGGUCAAGUCGCACAUCUCCAGCAAAUACCGAGCCGCCGUUCGCCAGCAGACUCAGCCUCGCUAUGCUUUACCACAUCACGCCAGCAAGGGCUCAGAGCAGGACUCUCUGCCCAAGCACACACAUAAGAGGACACACAGCUCCCUCGAAUCUCAAGACGAGUCGCCAGAUCGCCCGUUGUCUCGCCCGCCUUCCCCACUGGAAGUCAGCUUCAGCGGUACACGGAUGGACCCAUUCAAAUCCUGGCCGGGUCAAGAGACACCUGGUGUCACUCGCGCUCUCGACUACUAUACUCAGGCGAUUUCACCCCUCAUGCAGCCAUUGUUUCUGACGUUCAAUAUGGCCAACCCCUUGAUGGUUUGGAUGUACCCUUUGAUCCUGUCACAUGGAAGUGCUUAUCAUGCAGCGGUGGCGAUGUCCCAGGCCUAUUUGGAAAAGAGCCAAGCGCCAUCCGCCACUGCGUCUUCUGAAGUCACGUUCCAUCGGAGAAAAGCUGUGUCAAUCUUGUAUGACCAGCUUUCCCAUCUCCGUGGUCCUCCAGACGACGGUGUGCUCAUGACCGUGCUGGCUCUGGCAUGCCUUGAUGUUUUGUACGGCGAAGACAGAAUCGCCAAUCGCAAGGGACUGGCCAUGGUGGUUGCUCUUAAAGGAGGUCUUGGCAACUUGGGACUGCACGGACUUGUGAAGGCUUUUCUCGUUCAAUUUGACUACUUCUGGAUGCUCGAGACCGGGGCCCAGACCAUCUUUCCUUUUCGGAAGCGUAAAAGCCGGAGAGCUUAUCCUCAGCGCCCGUUCAAAGACGAUUUUCUGGUACUGCUCAGAACACUACCCACAGGAUUUGCCGCCAUCGCUCGACAGGGUACGUUCAGCCUGGAUACCAUUCGGAUCCUUUCAAGAGUAAGCACUUUUCUCCAAUUUAAAACCGCCAAGCUCCCCCGUUCUAUUGAGGAAGAUCCUGUUUCAGAUGGCCAGGACUACCCAGACCUGUUCGAAGUAUGUGCAUCUCUGCAGUCAUCCGCCAACACCGAGAAUAGCUUGGAGAAGAACUUGAUACUUGCGGUGAUUAUGCUCGGGUUCGACGUGCAUAACCCAAAUGCGUCGAUUUCCCGGGUUGCCGCGUAUCGUGGCUCGAGGCAAGAGUUGACGCGGUCACUUCCUUUCACGCAGGCGCAGACUCCGGACCAGAGAGGCUGCUUAAUCUGGAUCAUGAUGAUUGUCAUAAGAUCUUGGGGCAUGGAGCUUCCGCUGGCUCCUCCAGCAGUAGCUCUUAGUCGAUGCUUCUUCACGCAGUUCCCGGGAGCGACAUCCUGGGACGCCGUCGAGUCUACAAUGCGUUGCUUUUUCUGGUACAACCCACUCACAGAUGGACUAAUGAACAGCUGGCAACAUGCCUUGGAUGCAGUCCAGAAGCAAUCAACCUGCGCUUCGGUGCCAGGUGUGACGGGAAUAGAGACACACAAUCCCAACAGCUCAUCUCGCCGAGUUAUGAACAGUGGAGAUUUAUCAGAGACUGCAGGAGAAGGUGCAACUGUGACUCUGACCCUUCCACGCAUGUUGACAUUGGAUACAUACCUAAAAGAAGUACAGUCUUUAUAG